AUGCUCCUCCGUCAAUCAGCCCAAAGAUUGGCUUCCGCAUCCCGCCUCGGGCUCGGGCUAGCCGCCCGUGCGCCAGCCAAGCGCUUCCUCUCUUCAACGCCGUUACUGCGCAACGCCGAAAAGCCCAGUGCCUAUCGGGAAUCGGCAUAUUUUGAAUAUAAUGAUGGACUGACAAGUGGCCAGAUGUCCAAAUAUAAGACCUUCAUGGGCCCCUUCGGCAAAGUCUUCCUUGGGGCAGUCCUCACCUAUCAAAUUAUCUACUGGAGCUGGCUGAAGCUUGAGAUGGAUGAGUCGAAGCUGGAAAAGAACGAAGAAAUGGCUGGACUGGAGAAGAAGGCUCGCGAGUUGGCGGCCGCGCAGAAAUAA